AAUCGUCAUGAAGUGCUGAAUAAUGAGGAGGACUCGUUUGAGGGUUUACUGUGCCCUCUAUGUAUGCGAGCUUUCUUGACUCCGAAGGAGCUGCAAGAACAUUUCGACACUCAUGAUUCUCAGCGCGAGGUACCAGUCGAUGAAGCUUCCUCGUCGCCUUCAUUCUCUUCUUGUAAUGCAGGGUAUCCUACUGAUGCAGAAAGUUAUUAUAAUUUGGAAUCAGAGGUUAAUGAGCUAAAGCAUCUGCUUGAUGAUGAGAAGCGUUAUUCGUGCGAGUUGAAAAAAGAGCUGGAUAGACUUCACGAAGUUACUGCUAACCAGACAAACUUGCCAAAGGAGGAAGUUCCCUACCUUGUGCAACAGAUUCAGGUGCUGGAAGCGGGGAAGUCUAUGGGUAUGCAAUUUAAUAAUUGA